GAACACGUUUGCGUACGGAGCUACCGGAAGUGGUCCGUCUAGGAAUUACUUCCUCCAUAUAGCCAAUAUUUUUUAUUAUUUUCAACAACAAAAAAUCUGAUACAGCUUCUUGCCGAACAUCCAACGACAACGAAUCAGUUUAGUGUUGCCGAAACAGGGUGGUUGUUGUUCCUAAAACAACGUUGACGUUUGUUGACGGCUGGCGCGACCUCAAUACCGCCAAACUUAACAUCAUCAGGAUGGCGGAGGCGUCAGGUACUUCUAACGAGACGAUAACGGAGACCAUUCAAGUAGAAACCCCGCCACCGCCUCAGCAGGAGGGACGUAGCCUGACCAUCAAGCUGAGGAAGAGAAAGACUGACAAGAAGGUGGAGUGGUCCAGCGACACAGUGGACAAUGAGCAUAUGGGAAGGAGGUCCUCCAAGUGUUGCUGCGUCUACGAGAAACCCAAACAGUUCGGAGAGUCCUCCUCUGAAAGCGAGGGAGAUGACGAAGGCUGUGGAAGUGCACACUGCAUUCUAGGACAUGGGAAAGACGGGCAUGGACACAGUGGAGGGGGUGGGGGGAACUCUGGAGGAUCACAUGCCCAUUAAUGAUUAAGAGUGGAGACUGGGGGUUACGACACAUACUGCUACACACACACUCUCAUUUAGUUCAGUCACUGCAGUACUGGGAGGAAAAGGGAUAGAUACAGAUUAAAAGAGAGAGAGAACAAAGGAAAGAAGACAACCUAUACACAACCUGUUUGAUAAGAAAACGGGGUGCUGUUGAGAGUUCAUUGUAUAUAUUACAAUCAUUUUUCUUUUUAUAAAGAGUACUUUUCCUUAUUUGUCUAAAUACUUGAUUUUACUUAUGUUGCAGUAUCUUAGCCUGUGUGCCAGACAGUCUGUUCCUGCUUGUCAAACAAGGAUUUGGAAAGAUGACGAUGUAACAUUGUAGAGAGCUGAAAUAGUCUGGUACCCAGACUACUACUAGGGAGCGAGUUCCAAACAACAGCCUAUCCAGGGCUCUCCAAACCUGUUCCUGGAGAGCUACCAUCCUGUAGGUUUUUGAAGCUGGUUGAUAAGCUGAAUCAGGUUAGUUACAACUGGGGUUGGAGUGAACCUACAGGAGGGUAGCUCUCCAGGAACAGGGUUGGAGAGCCCUGCCCUAUUCACUAUAUAGGGUCCUGGUCGAAAGUAUUGCACUUUAAAGGGAAGAGGCUGCCAUUUGUGUUGUAACCUCAUAUCUUUUAUCUCUACUUCAAAGUAAUGAGUACUCCAUGAAUACUUAAACAGCAAACAGUCUUAUUUUAUGGACACAAUGUUGUACAGACAAACAGUAGUCUAUCGGUAACAUUUAAAGUUUAGGGGAGUAUUUAGGACACUAUUUUUAAGGAAAAGCUAGUCUUGUUUUUCUUAUUUUCAUGUAACGUUGCUGACAUGACCUUUUAGUUGAGGAGUGCAGUGAAAAUGUGUUGAUGCACAAUCCUCUCCCUGCCCUUUACAAUCCUCAGAAGUGUUGAGUACAUUAGUCUCAGCACUUAAAAUAACAAUAGAAUGGAUGGCAGAUUGCCUUAAAUUCUGAGAAGAUGUUGUAAAAAUGUUAUUUUGUAUUGAUGAGGUUGAGGUGAGAGAAUGUCAACAUACCAAUAAUCAGAAGAAUCUUAAAAACCUUGCAUAUGCAACAAAUGUAUAUACAGAUUAUAUACACUGAGCUACAGAAGUAUUGGGACAGUGACACAUUUUUGUUGUUUUGGCUCUACUCCAGCACUUACAAUUUGAAAUGACACAAUGACUGAGGUGAAAGUGCGGACUUCCAGCUUUAAUUAGAAAGUGUUUUCAUUCAUAUCGGGUAAGCUGUUGAGAAAUUACAACACUUUUUGUACAUAUUCCUGCCAUUUUAGUGGACCAACCGUAUUGGGAUAGAUUCACUUAAGUGUAUUAAAGUAGUACAAAGUUAAGUAUUUGGUCCCAAAGUCAUAGCACGCAAUGACUACAUCAAGCUUGUGACUACAAAUUUGUUGGAUUCAUUUGUCGUUUGGUUGUUUGAGAUUAUUUUGUGCCCAAUAGAAAUUAAUGGUAAAUAGUGUAUUGUCAUUUUGGAUUCACUUUUAUUGUAAAUAAUGUUUCUGAACACUUCUACAUUAAUGUGGAUGCUACCAUAAUUACGGCUAAUCCUGAAUGAAUCGUGAAUAAUAAUACGUGAGAAAAUUAGACGCAAAUAUCAUAUCCCCUCCGCCCCCCCCCUAAAAAUCCACACUCCUGUUAUUGUAAGGGUGAGAGGUUAGCAUGUCUUGGGGGUAUGAUAUAAAAUGCUAACCUCUCCUGUUAUUGUAAUGGUGAGAGGUUAGCAUGUCUUGGGGGUAUGAUAGAAAAUGCUAACCUCCCCUGUUAUUGUAAUGGUGAGAGGUUAGCAUGUCUUGGGGGUAUGACAUUUGUGUGUCUGUAACCCUCAAAUUAAAGCUGACAGUCUGCACUUUAAGCUCAUAGUCUAUGCAUCAUUUUACAUCCAAAGUGCUGGAGUACAAAGCCAAAGCAACAGUUAUGUCACUGUCCCAAUACUUUUGUAGCUCACUGUAUAUUCUUUAAUUCAUUAAUCCCUCUGAGAAUGAAUGCACCGGGCCAACAUUGGCACUAACUUCAGCUGCAUGCUGGUUGGUUAGGAAGAAAAACAAUUGCCAUUUUAAAUCAGUCUUUGUAUCAUAUAUAUAUUUACAUCCAUUGUACCCAUCUGCUGUGAUCUGCAGAUGAGAGGAGAUAAAUGCCAUUUAUUUAGUGCUGCUGUGUACUUUCGGUACUACACUGAACAUAAAGUGGGACAAAAUGUAGUAUACUGCAGUCCAGAUCAUGCAGUUCAACUGAAAGCAUGGGAGAAGGAGAGUUUUUGAAUGGAUAGGGAGAAGGUGCAUGAUGAAUUUCUGGCCCAAGCUGUGUUCACGAGUGUCUCAACUGACCAAAUGUCACAGGCCAUUUCCCAAUACUCCUCGCAUCCUCUCUCCUCGUCUCCUCAAAACCCAAUCGGAGGAGACGGUUAGAGGGGUGGGACCUCUGGCUUUCUCAUCCAAUGGAUUUUGAGGAGAGAGGACGUGAGGAGUAUGCAAUUGAGAAAAGGCCAGUGUCUAGGGCUAUAUCCUUUGUGGUUCCCAACACGGUAGUACUACUUAAACUGUACUUGAUCUGUGACAACAUACACUAUGUAUGAUGGACUACAUCCAAUUUCACCAUACGUCACCAUUUUCUAUUACGGAUACACACAUACAAUGUUCCUGUACUGGUAAAGCACCUUUCUGUACAUAAAAUACAUCAUAUGAGAUCAGAUUUAAUGUGAAUAAAAGAUUAAAUCACUUUG